GUGGUGUGGGGCUGUGUGGCAAGCCUGCCAGGAGUCUGGGCACAGCAGGGCUCCAAGUCUAGAAGUGGAGGGUCUGUCCCCUGGGGGCACAGUCCCUUGCAGCCAAUUCCAGAGGUUUCUACUGUGCCAGGGGUGGUGGGUGUGGUGGCCCUUUGUGACAGAGGCACUUUGCAAGGGCCCUUUGUGAUGCGGGGCCAGGUCUGCCCAGAGGCCACUGUGAGCUCACAGGGCCCCGCCCUGAGCGUUGGGGAUUGAGGGAGCGCUGGGCCCUGGGGGGGUGCCCAGUCCAGGAGAGCCGCUCUCUCAGGAGGAAGCAGUUCCCUGGAUCCCUCUGCAGAAGAGGACGACGGAGAUUGCGAUGGAGGAGAAGAGGAAGAGCAACUCUCAGCCCCAGCAGGGGCUGCCCAACCUGAACAGGAGGCGCCCGGAGAGGGAUGGGGGAGCUGGGAGAGGCCGGGAGUGGGACAGGCCCAGCCGCAGCUCCCUGGCUGCCGAGGCCAGCCUUGGUGCUGUGCCAAGGCAGCCACCUCCACACCACCAGACCUUUUUCCCACAGGUGAUGCGCAGGCAGACACAGGUAGCGCCGCGGGGCAGCCAGAGCCAGGCCUUGCCCCUGCGAGGGGAAAGGCUGCCACGGCUGCCCUGCCCCGAGAGCUCCCAGGACAGCGGGAGCACUGGGACACAGACUGGAAGACGGGGGGAGGUGGCAGCAAAGCUCUUGCCAAGCAGAGCAGCUGCUGCCAGGCAGGUGGGAGGCCCGGGCAGGAGGCUGGGGCAAGGGAUGCAGUCAGGUAAGCUCCCUCUCGGGCCUCCCCUGCUGCCAAGGAGCCCAGUGCAAGGGCUGUCAGUGCCCCGCUCUGGGCUGAGCCAGGAGGAGACAGUGCGUCUGCCAUCAAUCCCGCUGGCGGCCCCACGGCACAGCCAGGCUGCCUGUGGCCCCUGCAAACUGCCUCCUCUGCCCCCAGCAGCCUGGGCUGCUGCUGCCAGGCGCAGGACAGCCAGCAUGGCCACGGCCAGCAGCAGCCACCUCCCCCCUGUGCCUAUUGCUCGGGGCGACCGCGCUGAGCAGGGCACAGCCCCCAGGCUGCAAAGUUUGAGGGCUGCCCCGCGCCGUCCCCAAGGCCAGGACGCAGCGGGGAAGCCCAGGAGCCGUGUGCCUGGGCCAGACACGUCCCCGAAGGGCUGCCCUGGCAGCCAGACGCCCAGGCAGCAGGCACCAGCACAAGGGGAGCGGGCACUCAGCAGGCCCGGCUCCCCUUCCCUGGGCAGGGAGGCAGGGAGCGGGCGGGAGAGACCAAUGUCCCAGCAGGGCCCAGCACUGCAGGGGGUGCCCAUGAAACACAGCCUCCCCAGCACAGCUCUGCCGCUGCAAGACGAGAGCGGCAAGGAUGUGACCGCUGUGCCCAAGAGUGAAGGCUCAGCCCAGCUGAAGGUAAGGAGCCAGGGAGGCCACUCCACAGCCCAGGACGCAGGUGGGAAGGCCAGGAGCCGGCUCCCUGAGCCAGCCGUCUCCCGCAAGAGCUACCCUGGCAGCCAGAGACCCGGGCAGCAGCCGGCAGCACAGCGGGGCCGCGCCCUCAGCCUGCCCGUGUCAGCUUCCCUGGGCAGCCAGGCAGGGCCACAGCAGCAGAGGCAAGCGGCAGAGCAGGAGCCGGCAGUGCAGGGGGUGCGCAAGAAGCACAGCCUGAGCAGCACAGCUCUGCCAGGCCAAGAGAGGCCCAGGAAGCGUCGCAGUGUCCUUGCUGAGACCGAGCGCUGCCAGAAGCUGAAGACAUGGAGGCUGGUGUGCCACUGCAUGGCCCAGGACGCGGCUGUGAAGCCCAGGGGCCUGGUCAGGGUGCGAGUGGUGUCCCCCGAGAUCUCCCCGGGGAGCCCCAGGCCCAGCCAGCAGCUGGCCCCACAAUGUUGCCGGGCACGCAGCCUGCCCGUGGCAGCUUCCCUGGGCAGGGAGGCAGGGCCAGAGCCCAGGAGAAGAGCGUCAGAGCAAGGCCCAGCACUGCCCAGGCUCCCCAGGAGACGCACCCUCAGCAGCCCAGCUGUGCCGCUGCAACACCAACCCGCCAAGGAUGGGAGCCUUGUGCCCCAGACUGAGCCUGGGCAGCAGCGGCAGGAGAGGCGGCGCGCCAGUGCCGAGGGCAGAGCGCUUCCACUGAGCAAGGCCAGCCUGCAGCUUCUGGGGGAAAUCUCCAGCCAUCAGAAGGUGCUGGAGUGGCUGCAAGCAACUUUCCCCGACACCGGUGGGGCCUCGGCCGAGCAACAGGAAGAGCAGCAAGGUGAUGGACAGCAAGAGUUCGGCCAAGGGGAAGGUGUCACUGCCCAAAGGCUGUGCCAAGAGGAAAGGAAGGCAGAGCAAGAGCUGUCCAAAAGGGAAGACGGCAAGGACCAAGAGCUUUCCAAAGGGGAGGAUGAGAGGGAGCAAGAGCUGUCCCGAGUGGAAACCAGCAAUAGCAGAGGCGUGGUGCAAGGAGAUGAUGAGAAGGAGGAAGACGUGUGCCAAGGGGAAGAGGAGAAGAAAGAAGAGCCGUGCCAAGGGGAAGAGGAGAAGAAGGAGGAGCUGUGUGAAGAGGACGAUGGCAAGAAGCAAGAGCAGUCUGAAGGGGAAGGUGACAUCAGCUGCAACAUCGGGGACAAGCCCUUAGGCCCGGUGAACGAGGGGGUCCCUGGCACUUCUCCCCAGCAGCUGCCCAGCUGUCCCAGCACUGUGGGCACAGAGGCAGCAGCAGAGGCAGCUGGUGACCUGCCCAGCACGUCUCCUGCCCCCGCUGGUGCCACGGCCUCUGAGGCAGCAGGUGCUGAGCUGGCCAGAGCUGCUGAGGCAGAGGAGCAGCGUGCAGCUCUUGCUGCCCAGGCCCAAGAGGCGUCAACGGCAGCAGCUUCUCCUGCCUGUGGCGAGGAGCUGAGAGCUGCAGGCCAAGAGAGCCAGGCAGCUGCCCCAGCCAGCCCCUGCUGCCCAUCCAGCCCCUUGGGCAGCUUGCUGGAAGCCCAUGGCCUGCGUGAGCAGGGGGCAGGGACAGUGGGUGUGUCAGUCCUUGCAGGGCCAGAGAGCCAGGAGGGGGCCUUGAGCAUGGAAGAGGAGGAGCGGAAAGACAACAUGGAUCAAGAGCUGUGGCUGUGCCAAGGGCAAGGUGACAGAGAUGUGUCACAAGUUAGGGACAAGAUGGAGCAAGAAGUGCCCCAAGUGGAGGAGAGGACAGAGCUGGAAGGGUCCCCCGUGGAAGACGGCAGAGCCCCCAGGUUGAGUAGUCCUGCAGAGAGGCUCCCUGUGCCUGCCCCUGAGCAGGCCCCGGCAUUUGACCAGCACAGCCAGGUGCCAGGGCAGGCCUUGGCCAGGCCAACGGAAGGCCGUGGCCUCAGCGAGCAGGGGGCUGUCCCCCAGCCAGGGCCCUCCUGCUUCAGGCGGGCGCUGCGGGCUCUGCGCAGGCUGUUCCGCUGGCCCCGCAGGGCGGCACGGCCACAGCACCAGCGCCCCACUGCCAGCGCCAGGCCUCCACUUGCCACCUCACAGCCCUCAUCUUAGACAGCUGAAGGCAAGGGGCUGAUCUCCACCUCAGUGCUGAGAAGCUCGGGCUGUCUCUGAAGCUUGGCAGGAAGGAGGACAAGGACAAGACACUCCACUCUGUGCUCCUGCCCAUCAGGAGAAGACACAUCCUUGGCACAGCUCUUGACAGGCACCUCUUCUCCCUGUGCUGCUCAUCCAAUGCAGGAGAAUAGGAACCUGUCAAACACAUCUUCAGCAUCAACAGAAACAGCAUGUAUAAUAUAAUAUAAUGUCAUAUAAUAUAAUAUCAUCCAA